ACACGCGCCUGAGAAAUAUACCCGCGAAGCGCGCACUUGAUUGCCAUUUAACUAGUUGCUAAUCACUCUUCGACGCGAGUGGACCACAACGCUCACAAAACAAAAAAACUUUGAAAAAGUUUUAAAAUUAAAAAAAAAGUUUUUGUGAAAAAUAAAAAUGGAAAAUCAGAACUAUUCCAAAACUUAUCGAGUUAAAGAAAAAACUUCGAUUGUGAAUUUUUAUGAAGAUAAGCAUGUGUUGAUAACAGGAUCAACUGGGUUUAUGGGUAAGGUGCUUGUGGAGAAGAUUCUGAGGUCCUGUCCGAAAGUUGCGGCGGUUUAUUUGUUGGUAAGGUCGAAAAAAGGGAAGGAAUCACAGGAGAGAAUUGAAGAGUUGACAAAAAUUCCAUUAUUCGACAAAAUUCGUAAACAAUCAAACGCUGCAUCUCUCCUCGACAAGCUUCACGCAAUCAAUGGCGAUCUACUCAAAGCCAACCUGGACCUAUCCAAUGACGAUCUACAACUUCUCCAAGAUAAAGUAAACAUCGUCUUUCACAUGGCCGCCAAUGUGCGCUUCGACCAGUCACUCAAAAGCGCCCUGUAUCAGAACACAGGCGGGACUUUAGCUAUGCUCAAACUCGCAGAAAGCUUCAAAAGUCUUCAGGCGUUCGUACAUGUAUCAACAUCUUACUGCCACUGCGAUCAGAAGAUAUUGGAGGAGAAGGUUUAUGAAGUACCACAUAACCCCAGAAAAAUGUUGGAUUUGGUUUCCUGGCUGGAUGAAGACCUCAUAAAACUGCUCACACCGCAAUUACUACAAAACGCACCGAAUACUUAUUCGUACACAAAGUGUUUAACCGAACAACUCGUCACGGAAUAUUCGAAGAAGAUACCAGCGUCAAUUGCACGCCCAUCAAUUGUUAUAGGAUGCCUCAAAGAACCUAUCCCCGGAUGGAUAGACAAUUUCAACGGCCCUGUGGGUCUAUUAAUCGGAGCAGGCAAAGGUGUAAUACGUACAAUGCAUGGAAAUCCAAAUCUCACCGCGGAUUUGGUUCCAGUGGACACGACAAUCCGAGGAUUGUUGUUAAUCAGCAAGGAGACACAUGAAAGAAGUUUAAACAUAAACACACAAAUGGAUACGAUUAAUACAGGACCAUUGGUUGUAAAUUUAACAUCAGGAAAAGAUAAUCAACUGACUUGGGGUGAUUUAAUCGCGUUAUCAAAGAAACACUUCCUUGAAAACCCUUUCUCGAUUUGUCUAUGGUAUCCAGGAGGCAGUAUAAAGACAAAUUACUUCUUGCACGUGAUUUGUGUGUUUCUAUUUCACGUUAUACCAGCUUAUCUGGUUGAUUUUGUUAUGAUUUUGAUGCGAAACAAACCAUUCCUGGUCCGUACACAGAAAAGAAUCCAAGGAGGUCUUGAAAUUCUCCAGUAUUACACCCGCCGGCCGUGGCACUUUCGCAAUGAUAAGAUAAAAGCGCUUACUGCGAAUUUGAAUGAUGAAGAACGCAAAAUCUUCGGCGUUGAUUACAUGGAAAUCGACUGGGAAACGUAUAUACUUAAUAUGGUGCAUGGUGCACGUUUAUAUUGCAUGAAAGAAUCACCGGAUACUUUACCACAAGCACGUAGAUUAUUAAAAAAAUUAUACUAUUUAAAUCUGUUGAAGACUAUCCUUCUAGUCGGUUUCGUAGUGUAUCUACUCUGGACUAUCGCUCCGUUUAUCAGUGAAACAACAACAACUUUGCUAUCGUUGAAUAUUUAGUUUCGCAUUUCGCAUGAAAUCACACGAAAUUCACUAACAGUACACAUCGCGCCAUCUAGCGCUGGCACAUGUUACCCUAUAUUUAAAUUAACAUUAUUGUACACUAAAAACACAUAGAAAUAUAAUUUAUACUAUAAAUUGUUUUAUAAAAUGUAAUAAAGUUUAAUAAUUUUACGUA